AGAAAGACGAAGACGAUCAGUCGAUCACGAGAUGGGAACGAGAAGGUGAAGGACGAGGCUCUGAACAUAAUCGGUUCGUUCCAAGUCCUUCCUCGAUUACACUCUUUGGCCCUUUCUACUGUGAAUGCUGCUCCAUAUGGGAGAUGCCUUCUUUAUAUCCACAUGCUAAAGGCAUAUCGUAUGCACUCAAGGACAAAGGAAUUGACAUGGCAGUGGCUUCUAGAUCACCAACCCCUGAUAUAGCAAAGAUAUUUCUUGACAAAUUAGAGAUCCAGCCCAUGUUUGUGGCCCGGGAGAUCUUCUCCAGUUGGAUCCACAAGACAGAGCAUUUCCAAAUAAUCCAUCGAAGGACUGGGGUUCCAUUUAAUUCAAUGCUAUUUUUUGAUGAUGAGGAUAGAAGCAUUGAUGCGGUUUCACAAAUGGGUGUAACAAGCAUUUUUGUUGGCAAUGGGAUAAACCUAGGAACUUUUGAGUCAUUGAAUGGUGCCAGUGGUAUAUGAGAGCAUGGAUCUAUAGCUGUCAUUCAAUUGGUGAAGUCAAUGUAGUAUAACUGUAUGACAUAAAUUAAUUUCUAGCCUACUACCACCAGUGAGUUCAUGGUGAUUCUUCAAGAAGGUCACAACCAUAUUCUUGUCUUUUAAUUUUAAGGACGCAUAAUGUAAUCCCAAUCGUUUGCUGACAAGGCCUUUAUAUAUGCUUACAUGGCCAUUGAUGUCAAAUGCACGGAUAUAGUAGGCUAAACUAUUUGAGCUCAUAAAGAUACAAUGAAGGGCUGCAAUUGAAGGAUUUGUUUGGUUCCUCAGGAUCCAAGCCACCAUAAAAGUUACGUUAUGGGAUAUUUAAUACUCAGCUGCAUCACAACAACAAUAUCAGGUGAUGUUACAACACAGCCGCAAGGACAAUCCAGCAUGGAUGUAGAACAAGAUUUAAUUUCUGUCAAAUACUGGUUUGUUUAUUUUUUAAAUUUUCUUCUCCAGAAUUAUGACUAAUGCUAGCAAGUUAGAGGCCCUAAAUCACAAAAGGAGACGUAACCACCUAUCAUAAAUCAUCUUUUUUUUUAUGUUUUUUUUUUUUAAUUUAUGAGCAGACAUGGCCUGUGUAUGACUAUUUGCAGUUAUAACUUGCAUUUUAUGAUUUA